GCGUCGUUUGGGAAAUUUUAAAUUUAAAGGCGGGGCGGCCCGUGAGCCCUGAACCGCUGGCCGCGGAGGGUCCUGGCCAUUUUUUUGGGUUCUGUUCAGCUUGACAGGAUGGCGGACGAAGGAGCUGUGGCCGUCUGCGUGCGAGUGCGGCCGCUGAACAGCAGAGAAGAAUCACUUGGAGAAACUGCCCAAGUUUACUGGAAAACUGACAAUAAUGCCAUUUAUCAAGUUGAUGGAAGUAAAUCCUUCAAUUUUGAUCGUGUCUUUCAUAGUAAUGAAACUACCAAAAAUGUGUAUGAAGAAAUAGCAGCACCAAUCAUCGAUUCUGCCAUACAAGGCUACAAUGGUACCAUAUUUGCCUAUGGGCAGACUGCUUCAGGAAAAACAUAUACUAUGAUGGGUUCAGAAGAUCAUUUGGGAGUUAUACCCAGGGCAAUUCAUGACAUUUUCCAAAAAAUUAAGAAGUUUCCUGAUAGGGAAUUUCUCUUACGUGUAUCUUACAUGGAAAUAUACAAUGAAACCAUUACAGAUUUACUCUGUGGCACUAACAAAAUGAAGCCUUUAAUUAUUCGAGAAGACGUCAGUAGGAAUGUGUAUGUUGCUGAUCUCACAGAAGAAGUUGUGUAUACAUCAGAAAUGGUAUUGAAAUGGAUUACAAAGGGAGAAAAGAACAGACAUUAUGGAGAAACAAAAAUGAAUCAAAGAAGCAGUCGUUCUCAUACCAUCUUUAGGAUGAUUUUGGAAAGUAGAGAAAAGGGUGAACCUUCUAAUUGUGAUGGAUCUGUUAAGGUAUCCCAUUUGAAUUUGGUUGAUCUUGCAGGCAGUGAAAGAGCUGCUCAAACAGGAGCUGAAGGUGUGCGGCUCAAGGAAGGCUGUAAUAUAAAUCGAAGCUUAUUUAUUUUGGGACAAGUGAUCAAGAAACUUAGUGAUGGACAGGUUGGUGGUUUCAUAAAUUAUCGAGAUAGCAAGUUAACACGAAUUCUCCAGAAUUCCUUGGGAGGAAAUGCAAAGACACGUAUUAUCUGCACAAUUACUCCAGUAUCUUUUGAUGAAACCCUUACUACUCUCCAGUUUGCCAGUACUGCUAAAUAUAUGAAGAAUACUCCUUAUGUUAAUGAGGUAUCAAGUGAUGAAGCUCUCCUGAAAAGGUAUAGAAAAGAAAUAAUGGAUCUUAAAAAACAACUAGAGGAGGUUUCUUUAGAGACACGGGCUCAGGCAGUGGAAAAAGACCAAUUAGCCCAACUUUUAGAAGAAAAAGAUUUGCUUCAGAAAGUACAGAAUGAGAAAAUUGAAAACUUAACACGGAUGCUGGUGACCUCUUCUUCCCUCACAUCACAACAGGAAUUAAAGGCUAAAAGAAAACGAAGAGUUACUUGGUGCCUUGGCAAAAUUAACAAAAUGAAGAACUCAAACUAUGAAGAUCAGUUUAAUUUGCCAGCAAAUAUAACAACAAAAACACACAAGCCUUCUUUAAGUUUAUUAGGAGAAAUUGAUGAAUCUCUCUGUUCAGAGUCUGAUGUUUUCAGUAACACUCUUGAUACAUUAAGUGAGAUAGAAUGGAAUCCAGCAACAAAGCUACGAGAUCAGGAGAAUGUAGAAAGUGAGUUGAAUUCACUUCGUGCUAAUUAUGAUAAUCUGGUAUUAGACUAUGAACAACUACAAAGAGAAAAAGAAGAACUGGAAUUGAAAUUAAAAGAAAAAAAUGAUUUGGAUGAAUUUGAGGCUCUAGAAAGAAAAACUAAAAAAGAUCAAGAGAUGCAACUAAUUCAUGAAAUUUCGAACUUAAAGAAUUUAGUUAAGCAUGCAGAAGUAUAUAAUCAAGAUCUUGAGAAUGAACUAAGUGCUAAAAUAGAGCUGCUUAGAGAACAGGAGGACCAGAUUAAAAAGCUACAGGAGUACAUAGAAUCUCAAAAGCUAGAAAAUAUAAAAAUGGACUUGUCAUACUCAUUGGAAAGCAUUGAAGACCCAAAACAAAUAAAACAGACUCUCUUUGAUGCUGAAACUGUAGCCCUUGAUGCCAAGAAAGAAUCAGCCUUUCUUAGAAGUGAAAAUUUGGAGCUGAAGGAGAAAAUGAAAGAAUUUGCAAGUACUUACAAGCAAAUGGAAAAUGAUAUUCAGUUAUAUCAAAGCCAGUUGGAGGCAAAAAAGAAAAUGCAAGUUGAUCUGGAGAAAGAAUUACAAUCUGCUUUUAACGAGAUAACAAAACUCACCUCCCUUAUAGAUGGCAAAGUUCCAAAAGAUCUGCUGUAUAAUUUGGAAUUAGAAAGAAAGAUUACUGAUCUUCAAAAAGAACUGAAUAAAGAAGUUGAAAAAAAUGAAGCUUUGCAGAAAGAAGUCAAUUUACUUUCAGAAUUGAAAUCUUUACCUUCUGAAGUAGAAAGGCUGAAGAAAGAGAUACAUGACACAUCUGAAGAGCUCCAUAUAAUAACAUCAGAAAAAGAGAAAUUGUUUUCUGAAGUAGUUCAUAAGGAGAGUAGAGUUCAAGGUUUACUUGAAGAAAUUGGGAAAACAAAAGACGACCUAGCAACUACCCAGUUGAAUUAUAAAAGCACUGAUCAAGAAUUCCAAAAUUUCAAAACCCUUCAUAAGGACUUUGAGCAAAAGUAUAACAUGGUCGUUGAGGAGAAUGAGAGAAUGAAUCAGGAAAUAGUUAAUCUCUCUAAGGAAGCACAAAAAUUUGAUUCCAGUUUGGAUGCUUUGAAGACCGAGCUUUCUUACAAGACCCAAGAACUUCAGGAGAAAACAUGUGAAGUUCAAGAAAGAUUAAAUGAGAUGGAACAGCUGAAGGAACAAUUAGAAAAUAGAGAUUCUAGGCUGCAAACCGUAGAAAGGGAGAAAACACUGAUUACUGAGACACUGCAGCAAACCUUAGAAGAAGUAAAAACUUUAACUCAAGAAAAAUAUGACCUAAAACAACUCCAAGAGAGCUUGCAAAUUGAGAGGGACCAACUCAAAAGUGAUAUUCAUGAUACUGUAAACAUGAACAUAGAUACUCAAGAACAAUUACGAAAUGCUCUUAAGUCUUUGAAACAGCAUGAAGAAACAAUUAACAAGCUAAAGUUGAAAAUUUCUGAGGAAGUUUCCAGAAAUUUGCCUAUGGAGGAAAACACGGGACAAACUAAAGAUGAAUUUCAGCAAAAGAUGGUUGACAUAGAUAAAAAACAGAAUUUGGAAGCUAAAAAUACCCAAACACUGACUGCAGAUGUUAAGGAUAAUGAUAUAAUUGAGCAGCAGAGGAAGAUAUUUUCUUUAAUACAGGAGAAGAAUAAACUCCAACAAAUGUUAGAGAGUGUUAGAGCAGAAAAGGAACAAUUGAAGACUGACCUAAAGGAAAAUAUUGAAAUGACCAUUGAAAACCAGGAAGAAUUAAGAAUUCUUGGAGAUGCACUUAAAAAGCAGCAAGAGAUAGUUGCACAAGAAAAGAACCAUACCAGAAAGAAGGAAGAGGAACUUUCUAGGACCUGUGACAGACUGGCAGAAGUUGAAGAAAAGCUAAAUGAAAAGAGCCAGCAACUCCAAGAAAAACAGCAACAACUUCUUAAUGUACAAGAAGAUAUGAAUGAGAUGCAGAAAAAGAUUAAUGAAAUGGAAAAUUUAAAGAAUGAAUUAAAGAACAAAGAAUUGACAUUAGAACAUAUGGAAACAGAGAGGCUUGAGUGGACUCAGAAACUUAAUGAAAAUUAUGAGGAAAUUAAAUCUAUAACCAAAGAAAGAAAAGCUAUAAAGGAAUUACAGGAGUCAUUUGAAACAGAGAGAGACCAACUUAGAGGAUAUAUAAGAGAAAUUGAAGCUACGGGCCUACAAACAAAAGAAGAACUAAAAAUUGCUCAUAUUAAUCUAAAAGAACACCAAGAAACUAUUGAUGAACUAAGAAGAAACAUAUCUGAGAAGACAGCUCAAAUAAUGAAUAUUCAGGACUUAGAAAAAUCCCAUACCAAAUUGCAAGAAGAGAUCCCAGUGCUUCAUGAUGAACAGGAGCUACUUCCUAACGUGCAAGAAGUCAGUGAGACUCAGGAAACAAUGGAUGAACUGGUGUUAUUAAAAGAACAGUCCACAACCAAGGACUCAACAACACUGGCAAGCAUAGAAAUGGAAAGGCUCAGGUUGAGUGAAAAAUUUCAAGAAAGUCAGGAAGAGAUAAAAUCUCUAACCAAGGAAAGAGACAACCUUAAAAUGAUAACAGAAGCCCUUGAAUUUAAACAUGACCAGCUGAAAGAACACAUUAGAGAAACUUUGGCUAAAAUCCAAGAGUCUCAAAGCAAACAAGAACAGUCCUUAAAUAUGAACGAAAAAGACAAUGAGACUACCGAAAUCAUGAGUGAGAUGGAGCAAUUCAAAGACAAAGAUACAGCACUACUAAGAAUAGAAAUAGAAAUGCUCAGAUUGUCCAAAAGACUUCAAGACAGUCAUGAUGAAAUGAAAUCUUUGGCUAAGGAGAAAGAUGACCAACAGAGGCUGCGAGAAGUUCUUCAAUCUGAAAGUGACCAGCUCAAAGAAAACAUAAAAGAAAUUGUAGCUAAACACCUGGAAACUGAAGAGGAACUGAAAGUUGCUCGUUGUUGCCUGAAAGAACAAGAGGAAACUAUUGACGAAUUAAGAGUCAAUCUUUCAGAAAAGGAAGCUGAAAUGUCAACCAUUCAAAAAGAAUUAGAAGCAAUCAAUGAUAAAUUACAGAACAAGAUCCAAGAGCUUUAUGAGAAAGAGGAACAACUUAAACAGAUAAGUGAGAUUCAGGAAAAAAUGAAUGAACUGGAACAAUUCAAGGAGCAUCUCAAAGCCAAAGAUUCAGCACUACAAAGUAUAGAAAGUGAGAUGCUCAAGUUGACUAAUAGACUUCAAGAAAAUCAAGAGGAAAUACAAAUUAUGAUUAAGGAAAGAGAUGAACUGAAAAGAGUACAGGAGGCCCUCCAGAUAGAGAGAGACCAACUGAAAGAAAACAAUAAAGAAAUUGUAGUUAAAUUUUCUCAGAUGCAAGAAUCUCAAGAAAAAGAACAUCAGCUUCUUAAGAUGACAGCUGUCAAUGAGACUCAGGAAAAAAAUUGUGAAAUAAAACACUUGAAGGAGCAACUUGAGACCCAGAAGUUAAGCCUGCAAAAUAUAGACAUGGAAAAUGUAAGGUUGACUCAGAUACUACAUGAAAACCUUGAAGAAAUGAGAUCUAUAACAAAAGAAAGAGAUGGCCUUAGGAGUAUGGAGGAGAUUCUCAAAGUAGAGAGAGACCAGCUCAAGGAAACCCUUAGAGAGACCAUAACUAGAGACCUAGAAAAACAAGAGGAGCUAAAAAUUGUUCACAUGCAUCUGAAGGAGCACCAAGAAACUAUUGAUAAACUCAGAGGAGUUGUUUCAGAGAAAACAAAUGAAAUAUCAAAUAUGCAAAACGACUUAGAAAAUUCAAAUGCUGCCUUAAAAGCACAGGAUCUGAAAAAACAAGAGGAACUGAAAAUUGCUCACGUGCAUCUAAAAGAGCACCAGGAAACUAUUAACAAACUCAGAGGAAUUGUUUCUGAGAAGACAGAUAAAAUAUCAGAUAUGCAAAAAGAUUUAGAAAAUUCAAAUGCUAAAUUACAAGAAAAGAUUCAAGAACUUAAGGCAAAUGAACAUCAACUUUAUAAGUUAAAAAAAGAUGUCAGUGAGACACAGAAAAAAGUGUCUGAAAUGGAGCAACUAAAGAAACAAAUUAAGGACCAAAGCUUAACUCUGAGUAGAAUAGAAAUGGAGAACUUAAAUUUGGCUCAGAAACUUCAUGAAAGCCUUGAAGAAAUGAAAUCUGUAAUGAAAGAAAGAGAUUAUCUAAGAAGAGUAGAGGAGACGCUCAAACUAGAGAGAGACCAGCUCAAGGAAAGCCUACAAGAAACGAAAGCUAGAAUCCAAGAACUUCUGAAAAAAGAACUUCAACUGCUUAGAGUGAAAGAUGUCAAUAAAUAUCACCAAAAAAUUAAUGAAAUGGAACAGUUGAAGAAGCAGUUUGAGGCCCAAAACUUAUCUGUGCAAAUUGUGAGAAUGGAUAACUUGGAAUUGACUAAGAAACUUCAUGAAAGCCUUGAAGAAAUAAGAAUUGUAGCUAAAGAAAGAGAUGAGCUAAGGAGGAUAAAAGAAUCUCUCAAAAUGGAAAGGGACCAAUUCAUAGCAACCUUAAGGGAAAUGAUAGCUAGACAGGACCAACAGAACCACCAAGUAAAACCUGAAAAAAAGUUACUAAGUGAUGCACAACAGCAGCUUAUAGAAAGCAUGAGAGAAAAGUGUUCUAGAAUAAAAGAACUUUUGAAGAGAUAUUCAGAGAUGGAUGAUCAUUAUGAGUGCUUGAAUAGACUGUCUCUUGACUUGGAGAAGGAAAUUGAAAUCCAAAAAGAGCUUUUAAUGAGAGUAAAAGCAAACCUCUCACUUCCCUAUUUACAAACCAAACAAAUUGAAAAACUUUUUACUGCAAACCAGAGGUGUUCCAUGGAAUUCCAUAGAGUCAUGAAGAAACUCAAGUAUGUGUUAAGCUAUGUUACAAAAAUAAAAGAAGAACAACAUGAAUCCAUCAAUAAAUUUGAAAUGGAUUUUAUUGAUGAAGUGGAAAAGCAAGAGGAAUUGCUAAUUAAAAUACAGCACCUUCAACAAGAUUGUGAUGUACCAUCCAGAGAAUUAAGGGACUUCAAAUUGAGCAGGAAUAUUGAUCUACAUAUUGAGGAAAUUCUCAAAGAUUUCUCAGAAAGUGAGUUUCCUAGCAUAAAGACUGAAUUUCAACAAGUACUAAGUAAUAAAAAGGAAAUGACACAGUUUUUGGAAGAGUGGUUAAAUACUCGUUUUGAUAUAGAAAAGCUCAAAAAUGGCAUCCAGAAAGAAAAUGAUAGGAUUUGUCAAGUGAAUAACUUCUUUAAUAACAGAAUAAUAGCAAUAAUGAAUGAAUCAACAGAGUUUGAGGAAAGAAGUACUGCCAUAUCCAAAGAAUGGGAACAGGAUAUGAAAUCACUGAAAGAGAAAAAUGAAAAACUAUUGAAAAACUACCAAACAUUGAAGACCUCCUUGGCAUCUGGUGCCGAGGUUAAUCCUACCAUGCAAAACUAUAAGAAUCCUCAUGUUACAUCAAGAGCUACAAAGUUAACCACAGAGAAAAUUCAGGAGCUGGAAACUUUAUUACGUGAAGCUAAAGAAAGUGCUAUGCAUAAGGAAAGCAAGAUUAUAAAGAUGCAAAAAGAACUUGAGGUGGCUAAUGACAUAAUAGCAAAACUUCAAGCCAAAGUUAAUGAAUCAAAUAAAUGCCUUGAAAAACAAAAAGAAACAAUUCAAGUACUUCAGGAAAAAGUUGCUUCAGGAGCUAAGCCAUAUAAAGAAGAAAUUGAAGAUCUCAAAAUGAAGCUCAUGAAAAUAGACCUAGAGAAAAUGAAAAAUGCCAAAGAAUUUGAAAAGAAAAUCACUGCUGUAAAAGCCACUGUGGAACAUCAAGAAGAAGUGAUAAGGCUAUUGAGAGAAAAUCUCAGAAGAAGUCAGCAGGCCCAUGAUACCUCAAUGAUAUCAGAACAUACUGAUUCUCAGCCUUCAAAUAAACCCUUAACGUGUGGAGGCGGCAGUGGCAUUGUACAAAACACAAAAGCUCUUAUUUUGAAAAGUGAGCAUAUAAGGCUAGAAAAGGAAGUUUCUAAGUUAAAGCAGCAAAAUGAAGAGCUAAUAAAGCAAAAGAAUGAAUUGUUGAGCAAUAAUCAGCAUCUUUCCAAUGAGGUCAAAACUUGGAAGGACAGAUCCCUUAAAAGAGAGGCUCACAAACAAGUAACUUGUGAGAAUUCUCCAAAGUCUCCUAAAGUGACUGGAACAGUUUCUAAAAAGAAGCAGAUUACACCCUCUCAAUGCAAGGAACGGAAUUUACAAGAUCCUGUGCCAAAGGAAUCACCAAAAUCUGGGCUUUUUGAUAGUCGAUCAAAGUCUUUACCAUCACCUCAUCCAGUUCGCUAUUUUGAUAACUCAAGUUUAGGCCUUUGUCCAGAGAUACAAAAUGCAGGAGCAGAGAGUGUGGAUUCUCAACCAGGUCCUUGGCACGCCUCCUCAGGAAAAGAUGUACCUGAGUGCAAAACUCAGUAGACUCCUCUCCAUCCCUUUUCUGGAGGUCCAGCAUUCCUUGUUUGGAAAUGACUUUGUUUAUAUGUCUGUCCCUGGUAAUGACGUCAUAGUACAGCUUAAUUUCAAUUCAAUCUUUUUACUUUAUCACUAGAGUUGAAAGAUAAGGGAACAGGAAAUGAUGCAUUGUGGUAAUUUAGAAUGAUGAUAGCAAUUACCUUCUUCUUGCACAUGGUAAUACUUUUAAAAGGUGAAUUGUUUUAUUUAUUUGUAUAUUUUGUAGAGAAUAAAGUUAUUGAAGGAAAUGUAAAGUUAACUACAUGAUUUAGCAUAUUCCAAAGCAUAAUACAGACAUUAAUAUAAAACAUUUUAUUAACAAAAUUCUAAACAUUUUUAACACCUUACACAUUCAAUAAAUGUUGAGUAGUUCUGAA